AUGGCCGCUGCGAGAAUCGCAUGGAGAAACUACAUUCGAGAUGUUCUCAAUUUCUUUCAGGAUGAGGCACAAGAGACUGUUAUUGAACAGGGCUUCAGUUCCCCUGCUUUCUUUGCCCGCUCGACGCGCAAAAAUAUUGAUUCCUUGGUGAAGCAGAUCAAUCGCACUGUGAUUGAUCCAGGAAAUGAUCCUGACACCACGUUUUCAAUCAACCAAGCCCAGAAAAUCAUGCUCUACGACCUUUGCGACUAUUGCCGAUUUAUUAUUUGGUGGAUCGCCAACAUGAUCCAGCUUUUGGGACACAAGCAAAUUUGGCAAAAAUCAAUCGCUAUUAUUCCCACUUGA